ACCGGAGUCCCUCAAAACUAGGGCUUCUUCGCCGCUGUUUCCCUCGCUCAUCGCGCUCGGCAAGAAGGAAGGAAUCGCCUUGUGAUCGUUAGCGGCGAAAUAUGAUUAGCAUCCUUACUCAGGAACGUCUUCUUGGCGUUGCCUUGGGGGCCGCCUUCACGGCUUCGGUUGUUUUGGAGAACCGUAGGGCGAUACACGGAUCGAUUUCUGACAACAGACCCGUAUAUUAUGAGGAGCACAUGCUUGGGAAGAAGAUGUCUUCUGAAUUUGCCCAGAUGUGGAACAAAGCUGUCGAUGGGACACUAGGACAACUAAUUAUAUAUCUCAGCUCACGUGGAUGGUAGUGAGUUCCCUGGAUGACUUAUCCAGAGCAAAAAUCUAAGCAGUUGCUUCAAUCUGCACGGCAUAUAUUUUCAUGGUUUGAUGUGGAUGCCCUAAUGUUUGUCUGGUCUGUGUUUCUGAAAUUUUGCAUUUCAACUUGUCUGAUGUGCAUGUUUGAUGGAAUUUGUUCAGAGUAAUUUUUCUAUAUCAAGAUGGAUUUUCGAUAAGAAAACCAGAGUUUGUAAUAUUUUACUGAUUGUCACUCUAAUAAUCCAUACAGAAUUUAUGUUCUUCAAAUAUUCUUUUGACAA